CCAGGCACCAACAACUCUCAGCUGAAGCUCACGUCCUCACGCUCCACCAUGAAGGUCUCCGCUGCCCUCCUGUGCCUGCUGCUCGCCGUGGCCGCCUUCAGCACCCAGGUGCUGGCUCAGCCAGAGGCCCUCAAUGCCCGGUCCCGCACUUGCUGUUACACAUUUAGCAAGAAGAAGAUCCCCUUGCCAAAGCUGAAGAGCUAUCGAGUCACCAACAGCCAGUGUGCCCAGAAAGCUGUCAUCUUCAGCACCAAACUGUCCAGGGACAUCUGUGCCAACCCAAAUGAGAAGUGGGUCCAGGAUUAUGUGAAAUACCUGGAUCAAAAAUCUCCCUCCUCGAGGACUUCAACUCUUCCAGCCACACUAAGACCAAGCCAGAGUACCAAAGCGGACCCUCUAUUCUCCUCUAGCCUUCCUGUCUAGACCCUGGACCAAUUUUUACUGUAAUUUUCAA